AUGGAUAUCCUCCUCUCUCUUCCGAUCGUCUCCUACUUCCUCGCGCCUUCGAUAACAUCAUGGACGACCUCCCUCAACCUCCUCUUCUUCCACAUGACCUGGACGACCCUCGUUCUGUCCCACGGCCCCCUCAAGGUCCAGCUCGUCGGCGUUCUCGCCCUCCGCCUCAUGUUCUGGCUGGUCCCCUCCCUCGUCUUCCUCCUCUUCGACACCAUCAUCCCCUCCAUCGCGGGAUCCAUCAAGACUGGCGGCGCCUCCGGCCUCCCGCCCGCCCACGGUCCCACACUCCUUAGAGUCCUGCUCCUGGCCAUCUUCAACAUCGCCUUGUCAGCCGCCGUCGAGGGCAGCAUCAGCCUCGUUUACGCCUCCUACUCCCCCGAACCCCUCUUCCGCGCCUCCACCGCCCUGCCCCUGCCCUUCCAGCUCCUGAAGCACGUCGCCUUCCUUAUCGCCGCCCGCGAGGUCCUGACCUACUACCUCCACACGCGCGUCCUCCACGGCCGCGGCAACGGCCGCCGCUCAGCCCUUACCCGCGUCGCCAAGCUGCACGCCUCGUACGCCCACGCCCGCGCCGCGCCGCCCUUCUCGCUGAUGCUCUUCGCCGACCACCCGCUCCCCUUCCUCCUGCACCGAGUCGCGCCCGUCCUCCUCCCCGCCCUGGCCCUGCGGCCGCACCUGCUGACGUACUUCUUGUUCGUCGGCUUCUGUGCCGUCGAGGAGACCAUGGCCAUGUCCGGGUACAGCAUCGUCCCGGGGAUCGUCAUGGGGGGCAUCGCCCGCCGGACGGCGGUUCACUACGCCAGCAGGGGGGACGGCAACUACGGCGCGUGGGGGGUGCUGGACUGGGCGCAUGGGACCAGCCAGGGGCAAGACGUCGUCGACGACAUGCGUGCCGAGGCGGAGAAGCACCGCGUCAAAGAGAGGGGGGAAAGGGCGGUCAGUAACGGGGCCGGGUUCCUGCAAGAUGGGAUCCAGGACUUGACAAAGGGCAGAAGCCGCAAAACAAAGAAGAACGCUUGA